AGGCCGUGAAGACUGCAAUUUGCAAGCAGCUACCCUCCUCUCCCUCUUACUUACAUGUCACCAUAAAACUCACAACCAACGCGUUUGAUCCUUCACCAACCAUUUUCAAAACCCCAAAUAAUUACACAUAUAUAAAACCUAUCUCUCAAACCUUCUCCAACUUACCACCACCACCUCUUGCUUCUCUCUACUUUUCUCUCUAGAUCUUUCUUUGUGAUCGAUUACGAAGUUAUGGAGGUCGGCGCGUAUAGCUCGAGCGGUAAAGAGCAUUUAUCAUCAACCCCGCAUCGAAAAUCAGAUCAAGAGUUCGGCUCUCGUUAUGCCCUUCUAAAGAGAGCUGAUGAAGAUCACAAAGUAAUAACUCAAUCUAAAGCAACGGAAGUUGGAAGAGCUUAUGGCGUUAGUGCUAAACAGAAUUUGUCCUCAAACCGGCACCGUCGCUCACAACAAGAGUUUGGCUCUCGUCCUGCCCCUCAACUGAAUCAAAAGAGAGUUGAUGAUCAAGAGCAUAAAGCAAUAAACCAAUCUAAAGUAAUGGACGGAGGAGAAGCUUAUAGUAUUGGUGCUAAAGAGCACUUAUGCUCAAACCCACGUCGACGCUCACAGCAAGAGUUUGACUCUCGUCCUGCUCUUCAUUUAAAUCAGAAGAAAGUUCAAGACCCCAAAGCAUAUGAAUCCAAAGUUGUAGCAGCGAAUAAGCCUAAGCCUGUGUGGGAUUGUGGCAGCUCACUGUACGACUCGUUCGAGCUCGACUCGUUCAAACGCCAACUCGACUCGGCCAUAUCAUGCAGAACCAUGUCAAUGCCUCAUUUGUCCGACCGCCGAGCUCCUCCUCCUCCGCCACAACCAGCCACCACAGCCUCCACCAAGAAACCCUCAUCAAAUAAGCUCUCUCGUUCGAUUCAAAAGCUCCUGCGCUCUGUGUUCAAGCCUAAUAAUAAACCAAGUAAUAAUAACAAUUCUGGUGUCGUUCUUAGAGCCCAAGAUCAUCAGCAAGCAAAUAUCAAGGAUGGAUUUUACGUUGUCUACGACACAACAGGUGCACUUACGACAAUUCAAGAAGUGGUUCCUCACGAGUUUGAUUUCGGUGGCCUCUCCCCCGAGAUUGGGACGUUGGUCAGAAGAACUGGAUCGGAGCGAUUUACAGCUUCUAGUACUGCUAAUAUUGGUAUUUCAUGUGCUUAAUUAAUAUUUUUAUUAAAUAUAGCUGUAGAAUAUGAAUAAUACGAAUUUUUACACACACACACACACACUUAUAUAUAUCCUAUGUGUGUGUCGGUAUGUAAUACGUUUUUACCUUUUUAUGUACAUAGUAUGUUAUAGACCAUUUUUUAAAUUAUUUUUACAAAUCA